AUGAUAAGUCGGUUAUGUCCGCUUACUCGAACGGGAUUACCAGGACUUAUAGCAACUGCUCCGAACAUCAUGCAACAAGCUUCUGUCCAUCAUCACUUAGAAAGACAUGAUCUCGCUCGGUUUCUUGGAAUAAAACGAUCGAAUAAGGCUAGAGCCAAUAGAAACACUCAUGUGAAUGAGAAAAUGUUCCGAAAAUUACGUGGUAGAAAGACAGUUGUGAUAGAUCUUCCCGAUGAUGAGGAACAACGUCGUCGUGAGAAAAUGUCACCAUCUGAGCUAAGACUUGAACUGCUUAAAAAGGGUAUAAAUCCUUAUAAAGAAGUUCAGCCAAGGGCAUGGCAAGAAGCACAGAUCACAAUGUCUUCCUUUUAUGCUGUAAUUGAUCCUUUUGUAACACCUGAAAGUGGCGAGACUUUACCCUUCCUUGGUGCCGGAGUUGAAGGAUUGAAAAUGAAAAGGGAGGAGCUUAAGCAAAGAGCACUUCAUCGAUGGCACAACUGGAAGAAUGGAACGAACAGAAUUCGAAAGAAAGAAGGUUUCGAGAAAUUCGAUGCUAAGACAUUUGGUCCUACGGCUGAUUUAAUUUAUGAAGAAGCGCACAAAGCUCUUAUGAAGCGUGAUAAGCCAACACUUCACAAGUGCAUCACGGAACAUGCUUAUGCU